AUCACCUCCCUGGGCGCUGGUACGCCGGGACCCGAGUCCAGCCCGCACCACCAUCCGCGGCGGGGUCCGCGCCUCUUGGCUCCCGUACGCCGGUCCCUAUACAGGCCGGACAGAGAUAUGUGCGAGUCAUCUUGACUUUCCAUCACAAGUUUCAUCAUGUCCACGGCAGGAUCAAACACCACGAUGCUGAAGGCGCGCAUCGAAAACAACAUCGUGCACUCGCCGUACCCGAAGCUCGGCGUGCCCGUGUGCUCUGUGUACACGGUCGUCAAGUCGUUCCUCGGCGUGGCCGGUUCCAAGCUCGCGGUGGUGGACUACACGACCAGUUACACCCGCCAGGAGCUUCUCCACGCGUUGCAGCGUUACGCGGCUGGUUUCCAGUCUCAUGGACUGAAACUGGGGGACCACGUCUGCGUCCACUUGCGUAACUCGGUCGACUCUUUCGUCACCGUGUUCGGGCUUAUCUUCGCAGGCGCCACCAUCAUUCUGGCAAAGACGUCACUCACGCACCGAGAGCUGCUCUACCAAAUGGCCGAUGGAGAAGCAACGCAUAUUGUGACCGACCCACCAAAUGCCGAUAAAGUACGCAAGGUGUGCGACGAAAUGAAGAUGCCCGAGAAGGCCCGUUUUGUGCUAGGCGAGGCACCGGGAUUCUCUUCCAUUCUGGGCUUUGCACUGAUCGACCCGAAGCAGUUCCGCGAAGUUCCUGUUCCCGACCCCAAGAAUAUUAUUGCGGCCCUGAGCUACACCUCGGGCACCACUGGUCUGCCCAAGGGCGUCGAGAUCACGCACUUCAGCUUUGUCGCUAACAUGGUGCAGUCCAAGAGCGUCACAGCUUCGGACGAGACGGACGUUUUCCUCGCGUGGAACCCAAUCACGCACAUGUCCGGCUUCUUGUUCACCAUGCUGGCCGCCUGCAUCGGUUCCACCUGUGUCAUCGUCUCGCCCGCGCUAACAUUCAACCAGUUUAUUGACGUCUGCAACAAGUACCAGGUGUCGGCGAUGUUCAGCUUCCCGAGCCGACUGCAGAGUCUCGUGAACGAGAUGCUUCGCACGAACACAAAGCUGGAGCAGGUGCGCAAGCUUUCCAUCGGUGGCAGCCUGGUGACCGAGACACUGGCCCGCAGGGCGGUCCAAGUAUUUCCCAACCUGCACAACUUACGCAACUUCUACGGAUUGACCGAAAGCUGCGGUAUAAUCUCAGUGCCCGGCCAGGACGAGAUUAACUUCGUGGACCUCGGAGUUCCCGCACCGAAUGUUGAGAUAAAGGUCUUGAGCUCGGAUAAGAAAGAGCUAAUGGGACCAAAUCAGCCCGGCGAGCUCCUGUUCCGUAUGCCGUCGCUCAUGCGUGGCUACUACAAGAAACCAAAGGAAACCGCCGCAGUUCUUCUAAAAGACGGCUGGUGCAAUACAGGGGACAUGGGGUACUACAAUGACGACGGCCGGCUGCACUUCUUGGAGCGACUGAAGGAGAUGAUCAAGUGCAUGGACAACCAAGUGGUGCCAGCUGAGCUGGAAAACCUGAUCCUGGACAAGUGCCCGGCCGUGGCUGAAGUGAGCGUUCUGGGACUACCGCAUCCCGAGUAUGGAGAGGUGGCCGCCGCUUUCGUCGUUCUCCACGAUUACCACAAGGACAAGGUCACCGAGGAAGACAUCAAAAAGAUAGUGUCCGAUAACCUGGCCAAGCACAAGCACCUGUACGGGGGCGUCUACUUCCCUCCCUCCUUGCCACACACUGACACCGGCAAGGUGGUCAAGACGGACAUACGCAAGAACCCGGCCUUCUACACAGCACACGUCUGAGGGCAGACGAUGCCAAAUUUUGAAUUGCGAGUAGCCAAGCCAAGACAAAAGACCUUUAUUACGUCGAGAACUCUUCGAAGACAACAGAUAUUCUAUCUUCCAUAAAUUUCAGCGUCCACGAAAAUUAAACCGUUUGGUGUGCCGUAUUAUCAACACAUGUACCACUUACAAGUUGUAAAAUUAUGUUACACCCAUGCGGAAUCUAUGAUUUCAAAAAUUAUGCUUAGCUUUGGAUGUGGCGAAAUCUUGCGAGCGAGAGCAACCGCGAAAUUAUUUACCAGGCCCACAAAUAUCGACAGCCAGUGGUACAUUAUCAGGCCAGUUUUGGUAGGCAGAAUAUUCACCAAUGUUUAUUUCAUUUAUUUCAGGACACUGUCGAUACCACGCACGAAUUUUUACAGGAAUGGACUUCGAUACAGGGCAUGUUUAAGGACACACUCACUACGGUUCAUAGAUGGAAAAAAAAAAAACACGCACAAUGUAUUCACCACUAUGGUAGUAAAGGCAAUACAUACUUUCCACUUUGCUCCAAAAGCUUUUCCUAGGUCACCUGGGUACGGCAAGUUGAAUUAGUCUUUUCUUUUGAAUUACCGACUGUGAAAAAGCCGGCAGAUUCCACGCCCUGUAGGAAUCG